CCGCACGAGCAGCCUCAUCAGCAGCCUAGCAGCCUCUCCGAAGCCGACUUGAUCCACUCGAGCUGCACGCAGCCGCCCGCACACCCUCGCCGCCCCUCCUCCUCAUCAGCAACAACCGCCAUGGCGCCCAACUGCGUCCUCCAGACCUCGAUGGGCGACGUCGCGUUCGAGCUCUACGACGAGCACGCGCCCAAAACCUGCAGGAACUUCCGCGAGCUGUGCAAGCGCGGCUACUACUCGGGCACCGUCUUCCACCGCAUCAUCGCAGACUUCAUGAUUCAAGGCGGCGACCCGACUGGCACGGGUCGAGGCGGCGUCUCGAUCUACGGCGACAAGUUCGAGGACGAGAUUCACCCCGACCUGCGGUUCACGGGCGCCGGUAUCCUCGCUAUGGCCAACUCUGGGCCCAACAGCAACGGCUCGCAGUUCUUCAUCACGCUGGCACCGACACCUCAUCUCGACCGCAAGCACACCAUCUUCGGCCGAGUCGCGAGCGGAAUGCAGGUCGUGCAGCGGUUGGGCGCGGUCGUGACGGAUGGCGAGGACCGGCCAAAGGAGAACAUCAGGGUCAUCAAGUCGAGGGUUGCAGAUGCGUAGCCGGCGUCGAGCGGGAAAAGCAGACGUCGAAUGCUCUCACU